UGUUUGACAUAAAAUCUGUGAAUUAAUCUCAGUUGUAACACAGACCACAAGAACAUGGAAAUGCUCAAGUAUAGGUACCUCAGCACAGUACUGAGGUAGUGUACUGAAGUUAUUACAGUAAAUGUAGUUCUGCAGCUCUGCGUUUUCAUCCUUUGAUGUUUUCUGAUGAUUGUAACCUGCAGCUCUGUUUCUGCAACAUCAAACACUUCAUUACCUCCACCCUCCAUUACUCCAUCACUCCUCCAUCCUCCACUCCUCCAUCCCUCCAUCCCUCCUUCAUCACUCCUCCAUCCUCCAUCACUCCUUCAUCCUCUUAAUGCUUUUCCUCUCCUCUGUUUGUUCUGCAGAGCAAAUCUAAUCAGCUUCAUUGUUGAGCAACAGAGCAGCAGCAGCAGCAGCUGGUGGUGGUGGGAAGGGGGGUUGGCUUUCAGAUUCUGUUGAUAAAUUAUUUUCUGUCUCUGUUUAUUUUCUUGUUUCAUCUGCAGAUCAUCAAACUACAAACCUCGGUCAGCUGUGUGUCUAAUCCCCCCCCCCCCCGACUCCUCUCCCCUCCUCUUUCUUCAGCCUCAGUCUGACUGAGGAGUUCACACUGAUCACAUCAAACUGAGAACAAACAGGGACUAAACAUCAGCCAAUCAGAAUCAGAAUCAGUUUCUCCUGACUGAGCAGGUAUUGGUUGCUGUGACAAUGGUAAACGGGGUCCUGAGGAUGAUGGGAAAUGUUUCAGUGAUGAAACGGACUUGUCCAAAAGAAAUCCUGACGGAGACGAGGAAGAUGAUUUACAGCAAACCUCCGAGGAACAAGAUCGGAGCCGUGCAAAGUUUCUUCGUCAUGUCGGUGUUUGCGGCAGCCAUGUUGACUCCAGCCGCCUGGAUCCUCCAUCACCUGCCGGAGUAUCGGCAGAGGUCCAAACAGGUCCAACAGAGUCGCAGGACUUGAUCAUAUUCCUCCUCCUCUUCCUCAGCACCAACAGCUGGAUGUCUUUCACUUGUUGAUAUAUUUUAAAUUUUCACUUUCACAACUUAAACAUUUAUUAUGACUUCGACAGAGCAACACUGUUCUUUCAAAAUAAGAGCAGCCUGUUUCUCUGAACUGGGCUCUCAACAAACAGGAAGUGUUUGAAGAUAAAAUAAAAGCUGGAGUUUGUAUGUUUGUGUUUGAGCAGGAUGUUUCUGUUUGUUUAGUUUUCUUCUGCUGGAUUUAUACAGUUAAUCACUUCCUGUUUAAGAACAUCAGUUCCCACAGAGACAAACUCAUUAAACCUGAGAGCGAGACGUUUUCAUCUUCAUCUUACAGUCAUUUUUAUUUCUUUUAUUUACAGUUUAUUUAACAUUCAGAGUUUUCUGUCUGUAGCCACCUGUCUGCCCUGCCCACUUCUCUUUACCUGUUGGUACCAGUUUCCCUCCUCUUUCUCUGCUUGUUUCUUUGUGUUGUUUUCGACCUGAGAUUAGUUUCUUUUCCGGCUGAGCUACAGGUUUUUUCUCUCUCCACACCAGCCUGUUUGUUUUUGCCUCAGUUCCUAUGGUUGUGCUGUUGUCACUUGUUGUGUUAUUGCCAGUAGUGAACCUGUUUUGUGUCCAGUUUAAUAUUAAAAAUAUCAGUG